GCUCAAGCUAUCCUCUAUAAAUGACAGUUGUUGCAGAAAGUCAAGUUAGCUUACAAAGAGCACAGCAUAAUGCUUUUUUUUGUUGUUUGGUUUUUUUUCGAAACUGGUAUGUUGUACCUGGAAUGGAAUCUACCAUCAGUCUCCUGUCCGAGAAGCACUUCCUGUGCUCUCUGUGUGAGGAGAUCUUCAGCAACCCAGUGACAACACCCUGCGGACACAGCUUUUGUAAAGCAUGUCUCCGUGUUUACUGGAGCCGCAGCGGGUCAGACGAGUGUCCGCUCUGUAGGAAGGCCUUUGGCUCCAGACCCCAUAUCAGCGUGAACCGCAUACUGGCGGACGUCACUGAAAACUACAGGAAGACACGUUUGGCUGCUAAAUCCAAGUUCUUCAGUAUGGAUGAACUUCAAGAUGAACCUAAGAAUGCAGGAGAGCUGCAGAAAAUGGUUCAAGAAAGAGUUCAGAAGAUUGAGAAACUUCAGAAUUCCUUAAAGCUCCUAAAGAGCACAUGUCUUCGAGAGGUUCAGGAAAGUCAAAGGGUGUUUUCUUCUCUGUUGAGCACCUUAGAGAAGAGCCAUAAACUGGUAGUGACUGCUGUUGAGCAGAAACAAAAAGAGGCGGAGAAAAGAGUUGAAAGACUUGUAAAAGACCUGGAGAAAGAAAUCCUGGAACUGGACAAUGGGCACACCAAUCCUGAGCACUUGGAUGACAAGGAGCGCCUUAAAAAGAGUUUCAGUGAUAUACCGCGAGCGAUGAGAGACUGGUCUAAAGUCACACUGGAGAAUGAUCCUUGUGUUGGCUUCACCAGGCAGGCUGUGGUGGAUUUCAUGGAUACAGUCACGAUGGAAGCUAGAAGACUUUCUAAAGCUGAACUGAAGAGACUGCAGAAAUACUCAGUUGAUGUAAAUUUGAAUCCUCGGACAGCUCACGCUUACCUCUACAUCUCUGAGGACAGGAAGGAGGUUAGACAUGUGAAUAAGCGACAAGAAGUCCCAGAAAACCCCAAAAGGUUUGACCGGGUGGCUAACGUAAUAUCCAAGGAAGCCUUUAGCCAUGGAAAGCACCUUUGGGAAGUGGAGGUUGGAGACAAGACUGACUGGGAUCUGGGAGUAGCCAAACAAUCUGUCAACAGAAAGGGAAAAUUCACAAUUUGUCCAGCCAACGGCUUCUGGAUGCUUAGCUUAAAGAAUGGCACCCAAUACAUUGGUAACACAUCCCCUCCAACUUUCUUCAGCCUCAGUCACAAACCCAAAAGACUGUCUAUUUACCUGGACUUUGAGGAGGGACGUGUGUCUUUCUAUUGUUUGGAUACCGGGACUCAUAUCUACACUUUCAAAGAUACUUUCACAGAUAAGCUCCACCCCAUCUUCAGCCCGGGACGACCCCACGGGGAAAAGAACACUGCUCCCCUUAUCAUCAGCAGCAGCUGCUGCAGCAUCUGAAACAAUAUGCUAGAU